AUAAAUGUAAAACAGAAAUAAGAGUAAUUUAUAAAAGAAAAACUAUGUUCCUGGAUAUCAAUCAAUAAAUAGCAUCUAAUUCACAAUGAGCACAAAUAUGAGUGAUGUACAAGGUUCUUUAAAGGAAGCUUUAUACGAUACACUGACAGGAAUUUUAUCUCCCCAUCGAGAAAUUCGACAAGCAGCUGAACAAAGAAUUCAAGCACUCGAAGUUACAGAAGAAUUUGGUAUUCAUCUUACUGAAUUCGUGAUUGAUCCUAAUGGUCAUUUACCAAUUAGACAAUUAGCAUCUAUACUUUUAAAGCAGUAUGUAGAAGCACAUUGGAAUUUGUUAGCUGAAAAAUUUAGGCCGCCUGAAUUAAAACAAGUAACUAAAGAAAAAAUAAAAGAGUUAUUACCACAAGGAUUAUGUGAACCUAUUAGCAAGGUACGUACAGCAGUAGCAUAUGCAAUAUCUGGUAUAGCACAUUGGGAUUGGCCUGAAAAUUGGGCUGGCCUAUUUGAUAUAUUAGUUAAUUGUUUGAGUGGAGAAAGUGAAUUUGCUGUUCAUGGAGCAAUGAGAGUUCUAACAGAAUUUACGCGUGAUCUCACCGAUACUCAAAUACCAAAUGUUGGUCCUGUUAUAUUACAAGAGAUGUAUAGAAUCUUUCAGAGCGAGAAUCAAUAUUCAAUCAGAACGCGUGGACGUGCAAUUGAAAUUUUUACGAUCAUCGCCAGUCACAUAGCUAAUAUAGGAAAUAAAGCAUUUGUAGAACAAUAUUUGCAACCAGUUAUUCCUAUGUUUUGUGAAAAAUUUGUUCAGUGCCUGCGCAUUCCUAAUGGUCCAAUAAAUGACAGUGGACUUAAAACUGAUAUUAUCAGAGCCAUAUACUGCCUUGUUACAAAGUUACCUAAAUAUAUACCCCACUUUUUACCUCAAAUGUUACCACCAGUUUGGGAAACAUUAAUUGAAAGUGCAAAAAUUUAUCAAGAAGAAACAGUCAAUGGAAUUUCAGAAACAAAUAACAAAGAAGUAGAUUCUGAUGGUGAAAUCAUUAAUUUUAACAACCUUAUCAUUGCUAUAUUUGAAUUUGUUACUUCUAUUAUGGAAAAUAAAAAAUUUUCACACCUUGUCUACAAUUUGUUACAAGAUAUACUUUACUAUACAAUCAUUUUUAUGCAAAUAACGGAUGAACAAAUCGAAUUAUGGACAAGUAAUCCUAAUCAAUUUUUAGAAGAAGAAGAUCAGUGUUUUCUCUCUUAUAACUUGAGGAUAUCAGCAGAGGAAUUUUUAUCAAAUAUUAUCAUACAAUUCGAAGAGAGAGGAGUGAAUGCGCUUUGUGAAGCAAUUACGCGGCAUAUCGACGCCACAAACAGAUUGCAAGUUGGCGGUGGUGAUAAUAGGAGUAUUGAAAAUUGGUGGAAAAUACAUGAAUCUUCCAUAAUAGCAUUGAGUAUUACAAGAGAUACAGUGAUAGAAACACAGCAGCAAGGAUUAUUGCAAUUUGAUAUUAUUAGAUUUAUGGAAACUGUUGUAUUAAAUAAUUUGAAUGAUUCAAAUGCACCACCAUUACUUCUUGGUCGUUGUUUAUGCGUCGGUGGGAGAUAUGCUGCAUUAAUGCCACCUGAAAUGAACUCAAGAUUUUUAGAAGCAACAGUUAAUGGUUUACAAGAAAAUCAACCUGCAUGUAUUCGUAUAAGCGCUGCUAAAGCUAUAUAUUGGUUCUGUGAAAUAUCCACUACAGAUGCUAAUAAUCCUACUCUUAAUAUUAUUAGAUCUCAUUUACCGAAUAUAUUUCAAGGAUUGUUUAAUUUAUCUAGUCAAGCAUCUACAGAAAUCCUAAUCUUAGUAAUGGAAACAUUUCAAGUAAUAAUAUCGUUGGAUAAAGCAUUUACUGCCUCAGUAGAAAAUAAAAUAUGUCCAUUAACAAUUGCGGUAUUUUUAAAGUUUAAUAGCGAUCCAAUAAUACUGUCUGCAUGUGAGAGUAUAUUUAAAGAAUUAACACAAAAUCCAAACUGCAUCGAACCUCUGCAAACUCGUUUAAUACCAACUUUAGUGAGUAUGAUGGCAGUUACACCAGUGGAUAGAACGAAGGAUGAGGGAAAUCGUGGGGUAGCUUUGGAUAUUUUACAAGUUCUUGUUCAAUAUUCACCAAAACCGUUAAGUAAUGCUUUGAUUGAAACCGCCUUUCCUGCUGCUUGUCAUUGCAUUCUUAAUUCCGAAGAAAAUGGGACACUACAAAGUGGAGGAGAAUUAAUACGUACAUAUUUAUCUGUAGCUGCACGUCAAGUUACUAAUCACAGAGACAGCGAUGGCCAAACUGGAUUACAAUAUAUCUUGCGAAUAAUUUCACAGUUGUUAAAUCCUCAGUCUAGCGAAUUUACAGCAACGUUCAUUGGACGUUUGGUAACAACUUUAAUAAGACAUGUUGGGAAUACGUUGGGAGAAAAUCUUGAUCUGUUAUUAAAAGCUGUUCUUAGUAAAAUGCAAAGAGCCGAAACAUUAACAGUUAUACAAAGUUUGAUUAUGAUAUAUGCACACCUUAUAAAUUCAGAGUUUGAUGCUGUUGUGAAUUUCUUAUCAACGGUACCUGGCCCUACUGGGCAAAGUGCUCUUGCCUUUGUGUUGUCUGAAUGGGUUAGCAGACAACAUCUUUUUUUCGGUAGAUAUGAACGUAAAGUAGCUACUUUUGCGUUAUGUAAAAUACUGGAAAAUGGUGUUACACGAAACGAUUCUAGAUUGAAAGAAAUUACUGUAAAAGGGGACCAAAUAUUUUCUGGAAAUGAAACUGGUGUAAGGACCAGAAGUAAAGCAGAAACGCAACCUUUACAAUGGACAACUGUGCCUGUUCUUAUUAAGAUCUUUAAAUUAAUAAUUAAUGAAUUAGCCAAUGCUAUUGAAGUAUUUAAUGCCACUCAAGAAAGUGAUGAGUCUGAUGAUGAUGAUAACGAAACUGAUGGAAAUGAUAUUUUUAUAGAUCCCGGACAAGAAAAUAGUUUAUUUCAUAUAGAAGGAGAAUAUUAUGAUAAUGAAGAAGAAGAAGAUGAUCCUGAUCUUUUGCAAGAUAACAUUUAUAAUUUAAAUAUGACCCAAUACUUGAAAGAUUUUCUCUGCAAUUUUUCAACUCAUCAUUGUUUUUCUGAAUACUUUAAUUGUCUUAAUAAUCUAGAGCGCAAAGUUUUGAAAACUAUAAAUAUUGAUUCAACAUAUAUGUAACAGAUUGUGGAUACAAUAAUAAUGAUACAA